AUGACGGCCGAGUUUCCACCUGCCGAGGCUUGCCGCAUCGUGGAACGCAUUUCUAAAAUUCUUAUUGCGCGCAGCGAGACCAUAGCAGUCAGUGAGGCCGCGUGCGGAGGGCUUUUAUCUAGCUAUUUAGUUUCGGUCCCUGGUGCGUCACAAUGGUUUCAUGGCGGUACCAUGGUUUACAGUCUUAAAAGCCGGCUCAAGCUGAGUGGCUGGAACGAACAAGACAUCCACGACUAUACUGGGCCCAGUGUCGAUGUGGCUCUGCGUUUAGCACGUAACCUCAAGUUCGAGCUAGGCGCUACUUACACCUUGUCUGAGACCGGAUACGCGUCACGUUCCCCGAACUUGAAACCACCGAACGAGGAACAGUCUGUCGGUGUAGUGUGCUACGGGGUUUCCGGUCCAACUGAAGACAUUUCUGCUACCCACAAUACUGACAGCGAGGAUCGAUGUUAUAAUAUGCAACAAUUUGCUAUUCACGGUCUCAUGUUUCUGCUCCAGCAGCUUGAAAAAUCGCUGGAAGAGGAGACUUUGGAAUCAGAGCCCAACCCCAAGAGGCUCAAACCUAACACAAAAUAA